AUGAAGUUCACGUUCGCAGCUUUCUGCUACAUGCUGGUGCUGCUGCUCACUGUCGCGCUCAUCUUCUGCGCCAUCUGGCACAUUAUAGCAUUUGAUGAACUGAAGACUGAUUACAAGAAUCCCAUAGACCAGUGUAAUACCCUGAAUCCUCUUGUACUUCCACAGUACCUCAUUCAUGCUUUCUUCUGUGUCAUGUUUCUUUGUGCAGCAAAAUGGCUUAUGCUGGGUCUCAAUAUGCCCCUCUCGGCAUAUCAUAUUUGGAGGUAUAUGAGUAGGCCAGUGAUGAGUGGACCAGGACUCAAUGACCCUACAACUAUUACGAAUGCAGACAUUUUAGCGUAUUGUCAGAAAGAAGGCUGGUGCAAAUUGUCUUUUUUUCUAAUCUCUUGA